AUGUCUAAAACCGCUCAAAAACGUCUGCUCAAGGAGUUGCAACAGCUGAUCAAAGAUUCCCCGCCAGGUAUAGUGGCGGGACCCAAGUCGGAGAACAACAUAUUCGUUUGGGACUGUUUAAUUCAAGGGCCUCCAGAUACGCCAUACGCUGAUGGUAUUUUCAAUGCGAAACUAGAAUUCCCAAAGGACUAUCCAUUGUCUCCGCCCAAACUCACGUUCACGCCCAGCAUACUACACCCAAAUAUUUACCCCAAUGGAGAAGUGUGUAUAUCCAUUCUGCACUCCCCCGGUGAUGACCCUAACAUGUACGAAUUAGCUGAAGAAAGAUGGUCACCUGUACAAAGCGUAGAAAAAAUCCUGUUAAGUGUUAUGAGCAUGCUGAGCGAGCCCAAUAUCGAAAGUGGUGCUAACAUCGAUGCUUGCAUCCUAUGGAGAGAUAAUAGACCAGAAUUUGAGAAACAGGUGAAGCUGUCCAUCUUGAAAUCCUUGGGAUUUUAA